AUAACCUACGAUCAAAAGAAAUCUUUUAAAAUAACUACAAGAAAAAAGUGAUUUUAUUAUAUACACAUAAAAAAAAUUAAUUCAUAUGAUUAUUUACCAAUAUGUUGAUAGAAGAUUUAAAAGUGGGAUGUUUUCAAAUAGCAUUAUUAUUUCUUCUUGGGAUAAAUUACAUGAUAGUUGCCAUGAGUCAUAAUUUAUCAGUUUACCAUAACUAUACACCAAAAUUUUAUUGUGAGUCAUCAGAUGGGGUAAAUAAAACCUAUGGUUGUGUUUCAAAUCCAUCCAAUAAUCUGAAUUCAAAUUCAUCGAUGAUGAUUAAUAAUCAAGUUUUAACAUUUUGUACGAGUGAAUACAUAUUUUCAACGGAAUAUGGUGAAAGAAGUACUGUGACUGAUUGGGGGUUAAUAUGUGAAAGAAGUUACUUGAAAGAUCUCAGUGUAACUAUUUAUUACGUGGGUGUAUUGAUUGGUGCAUGGAUCGCAGGAAUUUUAACAGAUCGGAUUGGACGACUUCCGGUUCUUGCACUUUGUUUAUAUACUCAGGGAACAAUGGCUGUAGCUACUUAUAUUGUUCAGAGUUAUCCAGUCUUCCUUGCACUUCGAGGUCUUCAAGGAGUUUUUGCUCAGGGAUUACAAAGUUCCACGUAUAUUUUGGUUCUUGAAUUAUUUCCCGCAAAGUUUCGAACAUUAGUGUCCUCAGUAAUGGGUGUUGCGUGGGUUUUAGGAUUAUUAUUACUAGCAAUUCUCAGCUAUAUCAUUCCAGAUUGGAGGAUACUUCAACUAGGAGUUUCUGUUCCAACUGCAACUACAGUUCUUUAUAUAUGGAUAAUUCCUGAUUCACCAAGAUGGUUGAUAGCAAAAGGAAAAACAACUGAAGCUGAUAUAUCUUUGGAAAAAAUUGGAAAUUACAAUAAUUGUUGUUGUGGAAAUAAAUCCAGAAGAGAAUUAGUUGCUGAGAAUAGUGAAAAUGCUACUCCCAUUAAAUUGGAAAGAAAGUCUCAGAUUUUUAGUAACGACGAAAAAGAUCCAACUGAAAGUGAAGCUGUGAAUUUGUUGACACCAACUACUUCUUCGAAUCGCAGUUCAAGACGUGUAAGUUUAAAAGUUAUAUCACAAAAUUUAGAAAAAAGAUUAUCAAACCCUACAUCAGAAACACUUAUUGAAACAUCUGAUGUAAAAUUAGAUAAAGUUGAAGAACCUUUAAAAAGAAUAAGCCAUUGUGGUUCUGAUGUUAUUUCUCCGAAUGAAGAAAAUCAAGAAGAACAAAUUGCUCGUGUUGAAUAUCAAAUUAUAGAUAAUAACUUAAUAUCAGAUGAGAAGAUUGAAAGUACCGAAGUAAAGAACGAAGAGAAAGCAGAAACGAAAGAAGUUUCUAAUUCGAAAAUUAGUAAUAAAUGUUGCUCAUCGGACAAUAAACUUUUUAUAAAAUAUGGAAUGAUUAUAUCAUGCCAAUGGUUAUCAGUGUCUGUGAUGAAUUCUUUAAUAAUACGUUUCCUGCCUAAUGUAGUGGAAAAUAGACACAUAAAUUUUGUAAUAGGCGGUAUUCUAGAGCUUACAAUUUAUGUGGUAAUUUAUUUUAUUUUGUCAAGACACGGAAGACGUUUACCAAUGGGUGUUUGUCAAACGCUGAAUAGCGUGAUUUGCAUCGUGAUAGCUGGGCUGGUAUUCCUACCACGCGUAACGGCAUUUUGGAUUGGUUCGAUGAAAAUAAUUUUGCUCUUGUUAGGUAAACUAACAGCUGUGAGUACGUUUGCAAUAAUUUAUCUAUAUACCAUUGAAUUAUUUCCAACCGUAGUACGAGCUACUAGCUUGGGAUUGUGUGUGAUUGUUAGUACUAUUGGCAGUAUAAGUACACCAUACAUUUUGCUAUUGGCAAAUAAUGCAUCAACAGGUCUAUUUAUUUUUGCUGGAUUAUUGUGUCUUACAUCAAGCUUGCUCUGUAUUGCUCUACCAGAAACUCUUGGUAAUUAUUUACCUGAUAAUUUUCAGGACAUGAGAAAUUUAGGAAAAGUUGAAUUGAUUAAAUCCAAUAAUAUGGAUGAUGGAGCAUCUGAGAGAGAAAUUUUGAGAGAAAAACUUUUCUCAGAAACAUGGGUUGAUGCUGGCAAUGGCAUAAUCGUUAAUUUUAAUGAAAAUAAAAUCUAAAGAUUUUUUACUCUACUUUUUUUUAUAUAAUUUUAUCUUGAAUUGCCAGAGUUCAUCAUAUUUUCACUGCAUAGUUUUUAUCAGUGAUAAAAUAUCAAAAAUUUAUAGCCAUAAAACUUGUAACUGAUCAUUUAUGAUCUUCAAAUAGUAUUAAAAUAUCAAGAAAAGGCCGUGCUGUUAGAAAAAGUAACGAUAAGAACUAGAAUUGUAGGAUUUAUACUUAAAAAUAGUUAUUUUGUAUAUAUUCGUAAUUUUCUUAUGUAAUAUUAAGACUUAGGCAACCAAAGUACUUAAUUAGAAUAGUUAUAUAUUUUUUAAGUAAUAUUAAUUAAUGUUUGUACCUAAGUAAGCAUUAAGUUAUUCAGAAUUAAUUUAUUUUUUAUUAAUUUUUAAGGAGUAAUUUUAAUAUAGAUUUUUUUAUGUACAGUAAAACAAUUAGACUUGUUGAAAAAAUGAUUAAUAGUCUAAUAAACAGCAAAUAUUAUUCAGUAAAUCGAAUGGUUCCUAUUACAUCUUAAAAAAUAUUGAAAUUUAAAAGCAAACUGUUUCCGUACCUCUUAAGGAACUUUAGGUUGUACAAUUCCAUUAUUUUGUGGAUUAGUAUGCUGUGACGUUUGCUCG